AUGGCUCAAUCCUCCAUACCGUCAGCCUCGAAAGAUGGCUCCAGCUCCAAAAAGGCCAUCCCGUUGAGCACUCACCUCAUCGCAGGUGGCAUUGCGGGCCUAGCGGAAGCCUUGGCAUGCCAUCCACUCGAUACCAUCAAGGUCAGGAUGCAGCUUUCGAGGUCCAGAAAACUCGCAGGACUCAAACCUCUGGGCUUCUUUGCCACAGGCAGGCAGAUUGCAAUACGCGAGACGCCGCUGGGCCUUUACAAGGGACUGGGGGCAGUGAUUAGUGGGAUCGUUCCAAAGAUGGCUAUACGAUUCGCCAGCUUCGAAAUGUACAAGGGUUGGCUCAAGAAGCCAGAUGGAACCAUCAACCCCAAGGCCACUUUUCUCGCCGGCCUAGGAGCAGGCGCGACGGAAGCCGUGGCAGUCGUGACGCCGAUGGAGGUCAUCAAGAUCCGCCUGCAAGCUCAGCAGCACUCUCUUGCUGAUCCCAUGGAUAUUCCCCGUUACCGCAACGCGGGUCACGCAGCUUUCACCAUCAUACGCGAGGAGGGUAUCAUGACCCUCUACCGAGGUGUCUCGCUCACCGCACUACGCCAAGCUACGAACCAGGGUGUAAACUUCACAGCCUACCAACAGUUCAAGAAGCUUGCGCUGGAAUACCAACCUCAGCAGAAAGACCUUCCAAGCUACCAGACUAUGCUCAUUGGCCUCAUUUCAGGAGCUAUGGGCCCCUUUUCCAAUGCGCCUAUCGACACGAUCAAGACUCGAAUCCAGAAAGCGUCACACAAACCGGGGGAGACGGCCAUGUCCAGGUUGAUCAACGUGACGACCGAUCUCUUCCGCAAUGAGGGACCGAGAGCGUUCUACAAAGGUAUAACACCUCGGGUGCUGCGCGUCGCCCCGGGUCAAGCGAUAGUCUUCACUGUUUACGAAAGGGUGAAGGCGACUAUCGAUAGGAUAAAAGACACUGGCUAUCGUCCAACAUUUGAAGAAUAG